GAUGACGUAUUUAGGAAGUUCACAAGUAAAAUAUACACAGCAGUAACAAUAUCGGCAGGGACUUACCAUAUACAGUAGCAGUAAAAUUUAGUUAAAAGCCACGUUGCCAGUGACUUUACGAUGACGGUUGUCCAUGUUGCCAGUCUGUGUACGUCCUGUGUAGUGGGAGAAUGAAGCUGUAUCAGACUCGAGUGCCUGAGUGUGAUUUCCUCCUGUCCACGCUCACAAAACAUGUGUUCAUCCUUUUGUUUCUAUCAUCAUUAUUACUAUCUGGAAUAUUUACAGCGGACAUCUGUGAUAAGGAGUUGUCAUCAACUAGACUAAAAGCAGCCCUUCACUACAAAUCGGUGCCACGUGAAGUCUACAAUGCAGGGAACUACACGCGAGAUUCGACAGCGACUGGUAUCGUGAACUGUAUCCUCAGCUGUUGUGAUCAACUAACGUGUGAUACGGUCUUAUUCCACAACAAUACAUGCUACCAUAUCAAGUGCAAUGUAUCAUGGGAAGGAGCAUGUGACCCUAUUAUCAAGUCAGAUGAAAAAUUCAACAACACUAUUUACGUAGAAGUAAGAUCUGUAGCUUAUAUCACUCAGUCCUCACCAAAACCCAUAGAGGAAGGUGGGGAGAAGUCAUGUGAUCUUGAGACACACGCUGGCUGUCAAGAAAAUGAGGAGUGCAAGUUGAAUGAUAAGUUUGACAAGGCAGAAUGUCAGUGUAUAGACGGCUUUGUGAGAGACAAGGACACAGGUGUUUGUAAAGCUGUUGGCGAUAAACCUACAGUAAUAUCCUGCCUGCUCGACACAGAAGAAUCUUGUGGUAAAAAUGAGCGGUGUUACGUUCCUGACCAGUUGCCUUCCAAAUCUGGUCUCUGUCUGUGUUUAGAGGGCUUCCACAGGGAUGGCUCACAGCAAUGUGUCAGUGAUAAAGAGGAGCCGUCGCUGUGUGACUCGCAUAAAGAUAAUGAAUGUGGAAUAAAUGAGCGCUGUGAUAUUCCUCCUGCACAGCCAACACACAUUGGUACAUGUGUUUGUAUCCAGGGGUACCAUCGUAACCAUGACAACCAGUGUGUCAUUGAUCCAGGGGAACAUGUUACGCCAAUAGUUCCCGCGAUCACCACAGCUGGACUUCCUCUGUCAAAGAUGAAAACGUGUACUUACGGCAUUCCCCAUACCUGUCCAGAUCACAUGAUCUGCUUCAUUCCUGAGUCCUCCAAGAAACGUACUGGUCUUUGUACCUGUGACACCGGCUAUGAGAUGGACCAGCAGGCCCAAUGUCACCUAAAAGGUGAAGACAAUGCUGUGGUACCCACUGAUGCAAUUAUUGAUACACAUACGGUUGCAUUUCAGGUGGCAGCAAUGAAGAAACCUACAACCAUAGUUCCAAAAAUACAAGGGCUGACAGUGGCCGCAGGAGACAACAAAAUUGUUCAGCUGCCUGAGAACCAAGUGAAACUGACUGCUUUUGUGUUGGAGGACAAAGCAGAGGGUGAGACUUUUGGUUAUGAGUGGAGUCUGAUUGCCUCCCCUGCCGGAGCAGAGACCGGGAAAAUGGUUGGGAAAAAUACAGAUACACUAACUCUGACGAAGUUGAUAGCCGGCCAGUACACAUUCAAGAUCAAAGUCACUGGACAGAAUCGGGAGGGGUCAGGUCUGGUCAACGUCACUGUCCUCUCAGUUGCCAGAAAGAACCAGCCACCAGUUGCCAUCAUUAAACCAGCCAACCAAGCCAUCAAAGUCCCCAACCUUGCCAUCCUGGAUGGCUCAGUGAGUACAGAUGAUGACAAGAUUGUGUUGUACCACUGGGAGGAACUGAGUGGGCCAAUACAGGACCAACAGUUCACAGACAACACUGCCAUCCUCAAACUGAAAAAGCUGGCACCAGGCAGUUACCAGUUCAAGUUAUCUGUGACUGAUUCUGAUGGAGCAAAAAACUCAACCAUUGCCAACGUCACUGUCAUCAAAGAAGAAGACUACCCUCCUAGAGCCAAUGCUGGGUCUGAUACCAUCAUCCGCCUCCCACAGAACACAGUGAAACUGUGUGGAAACAUGAGUACUGACGAUAAAGGCAUCGUCUCCUACGAGUGGAUCAAGUCAGCUGAUGAUAAACUCACCGCAGACAUGUCUGGUGUGAGAUCCACCUGUCUUACACUGUCAAAUCUACAGGAGGGGGAUUAUGCCUUCACUCUAAAGGUCACAGACACAGCUCAGCAAACCUCCUCGGCAGAAGUCCAUGUUUUUGUUAAAGCUGAGGUGAACAAGCCGCCAGUGGCUGUGACAGGGUUCCGUAAGACAGUCAACCUCCCUCUGGAAUAUAUCGUCCUGGACGGCAGUAAGAGCUCCGAUGACAAGGCUAUUACAAAUUACCAGUGGAUGAUGAUCAAUGGGCCUCCCGAUGUGACAUUGGAGGAUUCCACUAAAGCCAUCGCCAAGGUGACAGGGAACAUUGCUACUGGUCAGUACCAUUUCACCCUCACUGUCGCCGACAAGGAGGAGCUCCACUCAACAGCUCAACUCUUCAUCAUUGUUGAAGAAAAUAUAAAUGAAGCACCUGUUGCUAAGGCUGGGAAGGAUCAGGUUGUUACUCUCCCCCACAGCCUCGUCGAAAUAGACGGGUCCCGGUCACAGGAUGACAAGUCCAUCAAGGACUACACGUGGACCCGCAACUCCAAGAGCCUGGCUGCAGGAGAUGUGUUAAAUGGAUCAGAUCACCAGGCUGUGCUCCAGCUGACAAACCUUGUGGCGGGACGUUACAUCUUUACACUAAAGGUGACUGAUGAAGAAGGCCUGGAGAGCUCAGACUCCGCAUCCCUUGUGGUCAAAGAUGAUCCACAUGCUUAUGAUCUCAUGGAACUCCUCAUCGAUGCAGAAAUUAAGCAGUUUACUGAGGAAGACAAGGCAAAUCUACAACAUGAGUUGACCUUGUUGCUGCCAAAGUCCACAAAAGGGGACACCAUGGUACAGAUAGUGGACCUGGGGAUAGACAGAAGUCUAGGCGCGGUGAAGGUGACAUUUUAUGCCCUUACAGUUGGGAAGGAUUACCGGUCAUUCCGGAGCGGGAUUGAUACAUUAAAGGUGCUAAAAAAGAAAAUAAAAGAUUCAGGGUCACAUCUCCUCAACUUCCGUGUUUUGGCCAUUGACACUGAGGUUUGUCAGAAUAACUGUUCAAACCAUGGCCAUUGUGAUAUUAAAACAAGAAAGUGUGUGUGUGAUGCCUUUUGGAUGCAGGACCUGUUCGUUUCGUAUUUUUUUGAUGGCGAGAGUAACUGCAAUUGGAGUGUGCUGUAUGUUGUGAUAAUCACAUUCAUGAUUGUCGUGAGUCAGGCUGCUAUGGUGUGGGGCAUCAUCUGCUUCUGUAAAAAACGCAGGUGUAAAUGUAAAUGGAGGACAAAUAAGAAGAGACAUAGAUACUCACUGCUGCAGGAGGUGGAUUAUAAAGACGAGGUGGAACUGUUACCUAAAGGAAAAAUACAAAACAGCAGCGUAAUGAUAUCUGAGUCAGACUUUUCUAGCGAUGAGGAAACUUUAUUUGUGAACCAUAAAAAGACGAACGGUUUUGUGCAGAAACCACUAAAUGGUAUUACUAAACAACAUUUAAAAACCAAAUUAAAAACCUGAAACAUUGCAGUGAAUAAUUAUUUAAUCAUCGUUAAAAUGCAAUGUGUUCUGCGUGUUCAGGACAAUCUUCCAAUCUUUAAAGUGUUGAGAAAAUCUCACAAGUAAUGUACUACCAUUCCCAUAUCUGCAAAACAAUCUCCGAGUCAAACCUGACAUUCCAUGAUUCCAAAGUGAGGCUUACCUUCAGACACAAAGAAUUUCCUUGGACACAGUGAAUCAUCAUUUACACCAACAGGAAAUGCUGGACAGUUGAUCUCAUUCCAGGAUUCAACAGAACCUGGGACUUAGAUUCCAGAACGACAUUAUUCUCAAACAUUUUGUUAUGUAAUUUGCAAGGAUAUGAGAUUUUCGUGUACCAUAACAAUGGAGAUUUUCCAUCACUUUAUGAUGUUUUACACAAGUGGGACUCCUGGAUUGCCUGAUCUCUUCAUAUGUCAUGUAUAUUCAAUCCAUCCAUCAGCUAUUAUCAAUUGUCAUGAAACUCAAAGAGGUCAGGUAUUACAUUAUAUAUUUAAGAUUGUUGUGUACAAAGCGGGAUAUCGGUAUCAAGGUAAAAGUUCAUGUUCAUCACACCAGGACAACACAUGGUGUUGGAUGGCAAAUUCUUUCUGAUGUUGGGAUAUAUGUCCAUGUAUCAUUUACCGAUCUCCAUGGAAACAGAGGGCAAAGUUCAAUGAUUCGACAACCCUGUAAUGUGUUGUGCUAAUGAUGCAUAUCAAAGGGUUGUUUAUAAUACAAAAUACCAUAUCUAUUCUGAUAGAAUAUAUCCAGGCUUCAUAUAUUGCUGUAUAUGCUGGGGAAUAUAUCCAGGCUUCAUAUAUUGCUGUAUAUGCUGGGGACUGGAACAUUUCUUCAGCAGGAAGCAUUUAUUAGAAUAAAUACGCUACCUUCCUCUAUUUUUACCUACUCAUUAUACAUGAGUAAAUAAGGUUAUUAGUUUCUUUGCAGAAUUUUUUAUUAUACAAAACUAAAAUUACGAAAAUUGUAAUGUAGGUACAGAGAUAUAUAAUAUAAACUAUGGUAUCAUAUAUGUAACGAAUUGUGAUCAUGUUGAGCACAUACAGUCAUGUACAUGAUUUUAAAUUCACUCACUUAGAAUUGCUUAACCUAGAAAUCCUGGUCAGGUUUAUAGAUGUUACAGUACUUGCCCAUAUUAGGACAAUAUACAAAUCUGUUCGAUAAGAAAUCCUUGUUCAUUACUGAUCCUGGUUAACAAUUGUCCUUAGAACAGUUAUGUAAUAAUGGUACUAUUUAACAUAGAAGAAGAUGCUUACAACACCAUCUAGACUGUUAACUUGACUGACUUGCAUUUUCAGAACAAUACAUAUAUAUUACUGUAGAAAUCCCUUUUCAUUCUGACUAUGACAUACUGAAGCUAACCUUUCUCUUCAAUUACUUGUUCCUGGGUGAGCAUUUCUCCAUUUUGAUUAUAUAUCAAAAAAAAAAAAAAAUCCCCCCAGAAUUCCUAAACUAUGUAAUAUUCAAAUUCAGUGAAGUUCAGACAACAAAAAUUAGUCAUAAUACCGUCUGUUUAAGGACACCUGUACCACUGCCUGAAACUGUAACGAACUCUCCACAACUGUAUUUCUGGCAUGACUAUUCCAUCUUUACGUAUUGCAGAGUUAUCUGCUCUUGAUAGCAGGUAUUGAAUGUUCAUCAUUUGUUUGUGAGA